UCUCUUCCAAGAUAAGACCCUGAACGUUAAUAUAUAGCGAUUGAAUUCGUGAAAUACAAUUAGUAUUCUUUCGGAGGUCCGAUUAUGCGUGUCAACGGGAUAUUCGUCGUCCUGCUGACGAUUUCCGUUCGAUUCAGUGACUGUACUGGCCGUUUAGUGGUUACCGCAGAACUUGACGACUUGAGAGCAGGUUUCCUGGCUGCUCGGAUAGAGCAUGUGGUCAGGGAAGGUGCAUUACCUGGAGGCUUCACCAAUAUUCUAAAGUCAUAUGUCAUUCCAACAGAAUGGCAUCGGCUCGAUUGGGCAGGUUUCAGUGGCUUCAAAGCCAGCAUCAUGUGCACGAUCUGCAAAGCAAUUUCACAAGCUGUCCUGGCCCUCAGACGAUCAGGAAUGCCGGCAGAAACUAUCCAACAGACGAUAGCGAAUCUCUGCACACAUCUGAAUCUUCAAACCAGAAAUGUCUGCUAUGGAGUUGUCAGAUUGAAUGCCCCCCUAAUCAUACACAUUGUGGACGCCGAUCCAUCGAUACAGUUCACGGAUAUAUGCGGGCUAAUCCUCCAGAAUCAGCGAUGCGUUCCACCGUCUCCGAGGUAUAACUGGACAGUUGAAAUUGAUAAUGGUCCACCUUUGCAUUUUGAAGUAGAGCGGUCGACAGAGAGCCUGAAGAUUCUUCAGAUAACUGAUAUACAUUACGAUCCUCUCUACGAACCCGGUGGCAAUGCUGAUUGCAAUGAGCCUACGUGCUGCAGACGUGGACAGAACAACACCGGAGGAAAUAAAAAAUCUGCCGGAUUCUGGGGGGAUUUCAAUCAUUGCGAUGUUCCCUGGCACGCGGUCCUCGAUGCUCUCGAUGAGAUGAAUACCAGACAUGGGGAUGCUGAUUUAAUUUAUUUCACUGGUGAUAUCAUAGAUCACGGGGUGUGGGAGACAUCUCGCACUGCCAAUAGUAGAAGUCUUCAUAAAAUUUUCAAGAAGAUGAAGGAGACCUUCAGGGAUAGGCCAAUCUAUCCUAUAUUUGGAAAUCACGAGCCCCAUCCGCUGAACCAAUUUGCUCCAGGGGAUGUUGAUGAGGACAGCUUAUCAACUAAAUGGCUCUACAAAUUAUUAGCAAAUAUGUGGAUCGAUGCUGGUUGGCUGCCUGAGUCCACCAGGAGCACCAUCCUCCAGGGAGGAUUCUACACAGUUACUCCGAGGAAGGGUUUCCGAAUUAUUGCAAUUAAUAACAAUGUGGCGUACAUAUACAAUUGGUGGCUUCUGUACAAACCAACCGACCUGAACGGUCAAUUGAAGUGGCUAGCCGAUACUCUACUUCAGGCUGAACGAAAUCAUGAAAUUGUUCACAUUCUUGGACACAUGCCCGGGGGUUCCCACCAUUUUCAACAUACAUGGAGUCGAGAGUAUCGAAAGAUUGUCAAUAGAUUUGCCCACAUUAUUGCAGCACAGUUCAACGGACAUACCCACAACGACGAGUUCAAUUUAUUUUAUCAUCCUGAUAAUAAAUCAAGAGUUGUUAAUAUUGCUUGGAAUGGUGGGAGUAUUACUCCAUACGCGAAUCUCAAUCCUAAUUACAAGAUUUAUCAGGCUAACGCCAAAACCUAUCAAGUGGAAAAUGCAAAUACCUGGCUCUACAAUUUGACAGAAGCUAAUUUAACACCGAAUCAACGACCACGUUGGCAUAAAAUGUAUUCAUUCAGAGAAGAAUAUGGUCUAGAUGAUUUAUCAAAGGAGAGCCUUCAUGGUUUGAUCGCUGAUAUGGCUAAAGGUGGAAAAAGCCUGGAAAUUUAUCACAAAAAUUUCUAUAAACAUGCUGCCCCUCAACUCGAGAAGAAGUGCAAUGCAGAAUGUAUGCAGAAGCAUGUAUGUGCUAUUGUAACCAGCAGCAGCGAUGACAAAAGUGAAUGCGCACUUUUGAUGGAUGAAUAUGAACCGCGUCGACAACUUUCCAUACCUCAAGUGCCAAUAAUUCCCUCUGUUCCUCGUAUUCCAAAAAUAUUAUGAUAAAAAUAAAAUAAACAACUAUAUGUCGAUAUGAAGGCAGAAAAGGCACUCAUACGAGCCAUAAAUUACUUUUCUCAUGAGUGUGGAACAAUUUUUUCGUGAGAGUCUCUUCUCAAAUUCAUCUGUCUUCAUUAAGAUUUAUUUUGUAUGGAAAAUAAAUGGCAAAGGCUCAGCA